AUUUUUUGCAUUUGCAGGCAAACAAACCAAAGAAAACGACUUUGCAGCCUUCGUUUCUGCUCUCAUUUGGGAUUUGAUUUGCAUCAUCUCUGAGCCCAUUAAAAAAAAAAAAAGGCCAACCAAACCCACACAAAACAUGUUGUGCGGAAGGACUUCCACUCCCUGGCUGUGCUAUUAACGUUAGCAAUCAGGAAGAGCCUUUGGGGGCUGCAGGAUCUCGCUAGUCUGAUGCUGCUGCUAAAGGUUUUGGUGCAGGGAGACAAAACUGCUGCCUCUUCCAUCCACUGAUCCCUGAACAUCUGCAUGCUGCUGUGCUCUGUCUCACACCCUCUCUCCAUGGACUGAUUUUUUUUUUCUUGUUGUGGGGGGAGGACAAGAGGAAAAUCAAGACAUUCCAUUGAGAGGAACAACAUUGCAUUUAUAUAUUGUGUUCUGGUGGAUCUGUCUGGAGGCUAAUCUUUUUGGAAAAGAAAACAUGACGUCGCCAGCUAAAUUCAAAAAGGAUAAGGAGAUCAUAGCUGAAUACGACACUCAAGUUAAAGAGAUCCGCGCCCAAUUGGUAGAGCAGCUGAAAUGCCUUGACCAACAGUGUGAGCUUCGGGUCCAGUUACUGCAGGACCUGCAGGAUUUCUUCCGCAAGAAGGCAGAGAUCGAGAUGGAUUACUCGAGGAAUUUGGAGAAGUUGGCUGAGAGAUUCCUCGCUAAGACUAGGAGCACCAAAGACCAGCAAUUCAAGAAGGAUCAGAAUGUGCUCUCACCAGUCAAUUGCUGGAAUCUCCUGUUAAAUCAAGUGAAGCGGGAGAGCAGGGAUCACACCACCCUAAGUGAUAUCUAUCUGAACAACAUCAUCCCGCGCUUUGUCCAGGUCAGCGAAGAUUCUGGGCGCCUGUUCAAGAAGAGUAAGGAAGUGGGACUGCAGCUCCAGGAAGACUUGAUGAAGGUCCUGAAUGAACUCUAUACGGUUAUGAAAACCUACCAUAUGUACAAUGCUGACAGCAUUAGUGCUCAGAGCAAACUCAAAGAGGCAGAGAAGCAGGAAGAAAAGCAGAUUGGGAAGUCGGUGAAACAAGAGGACAAGCAGACACCACGUUCUCCCGACUCAACUUCCAAUGUCAAGUUUGAAGAAAAACAUGUUCGACGAAGCUCUGUCAAGAAAAUAGAGAAAAUGAAGGAGAAGCGCCAAGCUAAGUACACAGAAAAUAGACUGAAGGCUAUUAAGGCAAGAAACGAGUAUCUGUUGGCUCUGGAAGCCACCAACGCGUCUGUAUUCAAGUAUUACAUUCAUGACCUGUCUGAUCUCAUUGAUCAGUGUUGUGACCUGGGAUACCAUGCUAGCCUCAACAGAGCGCUCAGGACAUUCUUGUCUGCUGAGCUAAACCUAGAACAGUCGAAGCACGAGGGUCUGGAUGCCAUCGAAAAUGCUGUUGAGAACCUGGAUGCCAACAGCGAUAAGCAGCGCCUGAUGGAGAUGUACAACAACGUUUUCUGUCCACCCAUGAAGUUCGAGUUUCAACCCCAUAUGGGUGAUAUGGAGUCACAGCUAUGUGCCCAGCAACCAGUCCAGAGUGAAUUAGUGCAGAGGUGCCAGCAGUUGCAGUCCAGAUUAUCUACACUUAAGAUUGAAAAUGAAGAGGUUAAGAAGACUAUGGAAGCUACUCUCCAGACUAUCCAGGAUAUAGUCACAAUAGAGGACUUUGAUGUCUCUGACUGUUUUCAGUACAGCAACUCUAUGGAAUCUGUUAAAUCCACUGUCUCUGAAACUUUCAUGAGCAAACCAAGCAUUGCCAAGAGACGCGCCAACCAACAGGAGACAGAGCAGUUCUAUUUCACGAAAAUGAAAGAGUACCUGGAAGGCAGAAACCUGAUAACGAAGCUCCAAGCCAAACACGACCUUCUCCAGAAGACCCUGGGAGAAAGUCAAAGGACUGACUGCUCCCUUGCCAGUGGCAGACGCAGCUCCACUAUAAGGAAGCAGGAUUCUACCCAAGCCAUUCCCCUGGUAGUGGAGAGCUGCAUACGAUUCAUUAGCAGACAUGGGUUGCAGCAUGAAGGAAUAUUCAGAGUGUCUGGGUCACAAGUUGAAGUGAACGAUAUAAAAAAUGCAUUUGAGAGAGGGGAAGAUCCGUUGGCUGGGGACCAGAAUGACCAUGACAUGGAUUCAAUAGCAGGUGUUUUGAAGCUCUAUUUUCGAGGACUGGAGCACCCCCUCUUCCCCAAGGAUAUCUUUCAUGAUCUGAUUGCCUGUGUCACAAUGGAUAAUUUACAAGAGAGAGCGCUCCACAUCCGGAAAGUCCUUCUGAACUUGCCUAAGACCACUCUGAUUGUAAUGAGAUACCUCUUUGCAUUCCUCAAUCAUUUAUCUCAGUUCAGUGAAGAGAAUAUGAUGGAUCCGUACAAUUUAGCCAUCUGCUUUGGGCCAACACUGAUGUCCGUGCCUGAAGGUCACGAUCAAGUCUCUUGCCAGGCUCAUGUCAAUGAGUUGAUCAAAACGAUCAUUAUCCAACAUGAGAACAUCUUCCCAGGGCCAAGGGAGCUGGAGGGUCCAGUCUAUAGCAGAGGUGGAAACACUGAAGAUUACUGUGAGAGUCCACAUGGAGAGAGAGCCUCAACAGAAGACUCGGUUCAGGACGUUACAGCUGAACACCACACCAGUGAUGAUGAGUGUGAGCCCAUAGAAGCGAUAGCGAAGUUCGACUACAUUGGCAGGACUGCACGAGAGCUGUCCUUUAAAAAAGGAGCUUCUCUGUUACUCUAUCAGCGGGCCUCAGAUGACUGGUGGGAGGGACGCCACAAUGGAAUUGACGGCCUUAUUCCUCAUCAGUAUAUCGUCGUUCAAGACACUGAGGAUGGUAUCUCUGAAAGAUCCAGCCCGAAGUCUGAAAUAGAAAUAAAUUCUGAGCCAGCGGAAGAAAAAGUGACUGCCAGAGCUGGUGCCAGUUGCCCAAGCGGGGGUCACGUCGCAGAUAUUUACCUUGCGAACAUCAACAAGCAAAGAAAGAAACCAGAGUCAGGCAGCAUCAGAAGAGCCUUUCGUCAAAGUGACAGCCACGGACUAGGUAGUUCAAUGGCAGAACCAGCCUCCCCAGGAGCCAUAGCCGGUUCCAGACCCUCAUCUCAGCCCAUUAUGAGCCAAAGCCUUCCCAAGGAGGUUCCAGAUAAAUGUUCCAUCAGUGGCCACGGCAGCCUCAAUUCUAUCAGCCGACAUUCGUCCCUGAAGAACAGGAUAGACAGCCCGCAGAUCCGGAAAACUGUGACAGCAGGGAGGUCAAAGAGCUUCAACAACCACCGGCCCAUGGACCCUGAAGUUAUUGCACAGGAUAUUGAGGCGACUAUGAACUCUGCUCUGAACGAGCUGCGGGAGCUGGAAAGGCAAAGCAGCGUAAAGCACACGCCAGAUGUUGUCCUUGACACCCUGGAGCCUCUGAAAACCUCUCCAGUGGUGGCCCCCACCUCCGAGCCCUCCAGCCCCCUGCACGCUCAGAUCCUCAAGGACACUGAACCCGCUUUCCAGCGGAGCGCUAGCACAGCCGGCGACAUCCCGUGCACCUUCCGGCCAGUGAAGUCGGUCAAAAUGGCCACCCAGGUUAAACCUCCAGCAACAAGGCCGAAGCCUACAGUUUUCCCCAAAACUAAUGCCACGAGCCCUGGCGUUGCCUCUUCAGCAUCUCAGCAGCCUACUGACAAGUCCUGUACUGUCUGAUGAACUUGAUGCUGCACUGUGGAUAUAACUAUACUGUUUCAGAUGGAGAGACUAUAUUGAAGAGACAUUUAAAUUCCUAUUUAACUAAUUUUUGAACUUCUGCUGAAGGUCGAUUGUGAACUGCUACUUACUGCUGGGAACGCUUCCUGGGAGUGAAAUAUUGGUAACUAAGCCUCGUCCCAUGUACCCGCAUCAGUGAUGUUUGUAAGGCAAAAUAGGACAUGCCACACUUAGGAAAUCCAAUAUCGGGUCACUGUGAAGCUGAGGAGGAAAACACAAAGUGAUCAGUUGGAUCUUGGUUUCUAGUUGAUGCUUUGUUCCAAGUGAUUGGCCACUGAAAGAAAUAUUUAGUGGCAUCAUGUUUUGAAUACUGGUGUAGUGACUUAUAUAUUCUGUGUUUCAUUUAUCACAGGGAAACAAUAGGAUAGAUUUUAGUCUACUGCAUGUUUUGGUGCCACUAGCUACGUGGAGCUUGGACAUGCCUGUUUCUUGUGCAUUAUUUCGUUGCCCGCUGGUGCCACUGUGGUUAAGGGUCUGUCUCAACUUCCAUUACAUCCUCCGUUUUUGUUUGUUUGCUCCCUCAUUCCUCCCCCAAGGGCCAAAGCUCUUAGCCAUCCAGCCUCCUCCUUUAGUUGACACUUGUCACGACAAAUAGUUUACUCUGGAACACUCUUAGAUUUUGUGGAGUUGUACGUAGUAUGUGUCUGUGCAAAUAUAAACAAAUAUGCCCCUGAGGUUUAGGAGCAUAAGAAAGAGCCCAAUUGUUGCUUAUGGACAAUCUAGCUGUCUUUUCCCCCUUUACUCUCCCAUGUUUAAGAACAGCUUUAUUAUUUUUCAGUGUAAUUUUCAGCCCAUAGGCUAUCAUGUGGUGUGUGGUCUUGGGAGACUGAAUGUAAAAACGAUUUAACUUUUGCAAACUAGCUAGCGUACUCUUAUGGGAGUUCAUUUACUAACGCACACGUUCUUGUUUUGAUCACCUAUCAAGAUGGGUCCUUUCCAAAAUCCCAGUUACAAGCACUGCAAAACUUCAAUCAGAAGUUCUCAAGUUUUGUAUCUUCUCCCAGGUUCUGGUUGUAAAUGCUUUGGUCAGUGGCUGUGACCACUGUGAACUGCUUUAGGGAUCCCCGCUCUUAUAGAGCGGUGUAAGAAGUGCUGCUUGGGACCUUGACGUGGCAGCAUGCAGCUUCUGGAGUGGCUUCACUGCAUAUUUCUUUGGUAGACUGGCAUGCCUUCCUAGGACUCUGCAGACAUUUGAAUGAAUUCUUAGUAUAUAUAUUUAUACAGUAGACGGCAAGUGCUUCAGCCGCUAGCAGGCUGCAUGGACUCUUUUGUACUCUACUGAGAAUUUCCAGAAUGCUUACAUUUAUUUAAUUUUUAAGCAAGGCAUGUGCCACUUACAACAGCAAAGAAGAUCUCGCAGUCCCACGAGGGAGGAAACUCUCGACUGAUCCUUAGUUCCCAAGCUUUUCUGGGACUUAAAUAGUUGCACAUCUUAAGUUGUCAUCAAAUAAAUUCAGGCAAAGACAAGAUAAGUUAUUUUCCUCUUCCUUUUAGGUGAAUUUCUUUUGAAUUUGUGAGUUUCUCACACUUAGCUUCCUUGUGAGUGUAAUGCCAUUAUAAUGGGCACUUAGUAAUUUAAAAAAAAAAGAAGCAGCAAACAGAAUUUGCAUUAUUAAGAACAGUUUUUCCUUAAACAUACUUUUUUGAUUCGUUUUAAGGAUGUUACUUGGAGCAAUUUACAGGGUUUUAUUGUCCCUGUCUCCCCCCACCCCCAUUUCUACAAAAGUAGUAUCCAUAUGAAUGAUGUUUAUUGAAAGAGGCCAACUUUUCUGUGCCCUAAAUUAAGAACAUACGGAAAAUUUGUGGGCACCAUUAGAAAGGGAACACCGGAAAGAUUUCAGUGAGACCAUUUUCAUUACUCAUUUUUCCCAAACUGAUUCGUAGCAGCAGUUCUCUGUGGGAAGCACUGCAGUGUGUGCGUGACUCCUACGGGGUCUUGCCCUGUUCGGCUCUCAGGGGAAGAUCCCACCAGUGUGACCAGCGAACUUUGCUCUCAGGUUCUGAUGGACUCCUGCCACCAAGGAAUCACUUGUUCUUUUGGGAAAAAAGAAUUAAAACAAACUUGUAAUUUUUUGCUCAGGCAGAACUUUCUGGCAUUUACUUUAAGUAGGGAAUUUUUUGUUUCAUUUUGUUGGGUCAUAGAUGGCCAAAGUGAAUCCGUGUCAAGAGCAGGAUCUCUGUAAACUUACUUUGACUCAUUUGUAAUGCCUUAUUUUCUUUAUAUUUUUAUGCCUAGCAUUCAUGUUUCUAAGAAUCAGUGUCCAGCCACACACAGCACAUUUGGAGAGGAGAUACUCUUUUCUGUCUUCGGGGGUCUGAAGUAUGAAUGGAAAAUGAGAUCAAAAAGACUUCAGGUUACUAUAACAGCAACUGUCUGUAUAUGGAAUUACUGUGCUUAUCUCUAGCAUCCACAGCUCUGGGACAAUCCUACUGUCAAGGGGAACAUACUUAGCAGGACAAACUGUAUCUUGAGCAACUCAACUGGAAUUUUGGUGUGCACUGUGAUUGACACUUAAAACUUACAGCAAGCAAUAUGGCAGUCUGAAGAACAUCUUUUCUCUUCCAUGUGAUCUGGGCCUAUCCAACCAGCAGGAAACUCACACACAUGCGCACAUACACAGGAGGGAAAAAAAAACAAAAAAAACCCCAACUUUUAGCUUGUCUGCUUCACUUUGCGAACGUUCAAGACUGAGAGAACCUUUGCCGUAAGUGUUUCAUUACCGUUUGUUGCAGGAGAGGUGGGAAGGAGAAACUGGAAGUAUCGGCACCACUCUCCAUCAGACCAGUGGGCUUCUUGUAGAAGAGACCAAUGUAUUGUGGACAAAUAAGACACGGUGGUUUGCUUGGGGAGGUAUAAAUGUUACUUCAUAUCUUCAUAUUCAGAAGGAAUAUUAGCUCUUCCAUGGAAAUUCUUUCAUGACUUUUAUGUAAUGUAUGUGUCAAAUAUAAAGACAAGAAGUGUUUGAUAACUGGAAUAACGUAUGUCUGUUUGAUAGUGCUUUGUAUGAACAAAGGAUUCUUGUUCAUCAAAUGUUGGAUUGGAAUAAUCCAAAGCAAAACUUUUAAAAUAAAAUACAAUUUUAGGCCAUGAAUCUUAAUAGUUUUUGAAGCUCUAACCUUGUAUGUUUUACUUCCCUAGUUGGGAAUUGAGCGGUGUGCUUUAAUGAUUGCUAAAUUUCUUCCUCUCUGAGGUAAUCCAAAGGCUCUCAGUUUAUAAACUGUAAAUUUGUUCUUCACGCUGAAGUAAUGGGAGAUGACCAAACUUUCUCAUUUUCUCUGUACUGGAUGUUUGUUGCAAUGAACAUGAUUAGAGUGCACUGUGACAGCAGAAAAAAAUUGUUGUAUAUGUAUGUAUUUUGAUACCUGUUUAAAAAGAGUCUUUGGGUUUCCUGUGAUGAAUACCUCAUAUGUUGGGUUUGGGGGGAUUUUGUUGUGUUUUUUGUUCUCUUUUUUUUUUUUCUUUUUUAAGGCAAGAUUGUUCUUGCACAAAAGUAGGUUAAGGUAACCAAGUUCUCAGAAAUGUAUUUACAAAACAAAACACUUCAGACUUUGGCGUGAAAUUCCAUCUGCGUGAAUUGCACACCUUGCACGUGGCACAGGGGAAGCAGUCGCCCAGCGGUGUUUGCCUGCCCAUUCGGAAAAGCUCUAGCAAUAUCGAGACAAAGGAGGUCAUUGCAGAUGGAGUUUGCUGCCUUACUGCUUUUUCCUUGCAUGUGUUAAACCUCAGAAUCAGUUGAACAUUGUGUAAGUUUUGGAUUUUAUUAAGUAUUUGAGAGUGUUUUGUUUUUUUUCAAGAGAAAUAAAUGUUUCGAGUUAGCACUUCAGAUGCUUUACAUGCAUUUACCAGAUAGACUGGAAUACUCUGUCACCAGAUGAGAUAUGUACUGAGGGAAUAUUUAACCUAGAUUAUGGUCUCAGCAGGGCAUACUUUGCCAGUAAAGCAACUGUAAUAAUGGAAAAAUACUCAUUGAGACAAUUUGAUAGAUUUGGUAAAAGGUUGAGCACUCUGGCCCCUAUCCAGCAGAUCAGCAAGCACAUGCUUUAUUUUAAGCCCCGGAGUAAUCCCUGUCCACAUCCCUCUGAGGUUAAGCGUUUGUUUUGGUUUUGUGGCUCAGGUCAGGAUAUCUGUGCUUAGCAGGAUCAAGCCCUAAUUGUAUGGGAGAGUGUGCUGCAAAGGGUAAAUACAUUUACUCGUUAGACUGUGAGCCACAAGCUAGGAAAACGGCAAAGCUGAAAGCCUCUGGGCCCUCCCAUCACCAGUGAGGCUGCAGAGACCAGAAAAUGAGUUUAACAAACUGGGAGGGAGGGGACGUUUAUUUUGCCAUUUUUAGUUUUCACAAAACUAUUAACCCUUUUUGUGGGCUUAUCUGGCGUUGACUAGCGUCCCGCACGUGCAGUAAGAGAAACGCAGAUGUUUCUUUAGAGGACUGGAAGCACUGGAGGCCUGCACAGACAGGAACGAUGUUUUCUCGUGUGUUAAAACUUCACGCCCUGCAGAAAGCUUCCGUCCUAGAGAAAAGGCCGAGUGUUACUGGUGAGCUGAACUUUUGGUUUUGAGCUAACAUAUCACUUCCGAAGAUACUCCUCCCUUCGGGUUGGCUUUCUGCUCGUCUCUUCUGCGUGCAGCAAGCUGGUACUUGAACAGAAUACUUGACCCGCUGCAGUGGGCUGGCGCAGGCUCCCGCGGGAGCCGCGACCGCU